AUGUCGCUCGGCGAUGAAUUCGCCCUCAGUCCAUCAGAAGAGCUUCGAGCCGCUUUUGAGCACGCACAUCAAUGCCCAUCUUCUCCACUGCGCUCGACGACAUACCCCGGGCGAACGUCCACCAAGCGCACACUGGGGACAUCGUUGACGUCAGAGGGGAAACGAAGCGCGGAGGAUUGCAUUCACUUGACGAUGCGGUGCAAGAAGAUGAAACUUUCUCAUGCCUUUUAUCGGUGUGGAUCACUCUUCUAUCGAUCUGCUCCGACAUCCGACAUCACUUCGGGCCCUACGUUGACUCCACCAGCAUCAGAAGCCGCCUCCGCUCCGACGUCGACGCCAACUCCGAGAAGGUACAUCCCGCAAACUACGCGUCGGCUAUCGUCUUGGUGGGCAUCCGCUUCUCGACACGAUGGAGAUGCACGCGUCAGUCGUAUGUGCCCCGACGAAGCGAUCUGGGUCGCGAACGCUGGGUCAGAGUGGCAAGGCCCCAAGUGGCAGACGUUGUGGAGGCAGAGGGUCAACGCCAACAAGGCCGAAGAUAGAUCUUCAAGCGGACGUUCCUCGAACUUGGAUGGGACGUUGAGUUCGAGUGAUGAGCUCUCGUCGCCGACUGCGGCACCGAAGGGCUCGUCAAAAUUCUCGUUCCGGUCAAGACCUUCUCGCUCCGUUUCGUCCCCACCGAAUUGGACUCCUCCUACAUCCCAACCGCACACGCACCAUUCGGGCGAGCACACCUUCCCUUGGGCUCCGAUACCGCUUAAACAACACCUCUUGGCGGUGCUGAGGGCUCGUUCGGCCGAGAGUGGAAAUAGUUCGAGAGGAGGUGAUGCGGGGUUGAAGUUCAAAAAGUGAGGACGGAUAACUUGGCGCGAAAAGGUCACGAGAAGACUUGCUGACCUUAUUUCAAUCGAUUAGGUGGGUCAUUUGGAAUCAUUGGUCAAGAAAAGGACGGUGCGAGCGGGCUGACGCGGAAGAAGGCGAAUUCGACGGCAUCGACAACUCUGACGACUCGGACGAGGAGGACAUGAUCUCGCCAACUACACACGACGACGAUCUGCCGGACGAUCCUAUGGGUUACGAUGCGACGAGUCACCGUUUCGAAAGCGAGAAAGAGCCGAUGUGGUCAGAAGAUCCAACGAACCUCUUUGAUGGCGAGAACGCAUCGGAUGCCGCUCUUGAUACGACUGUCGUGCCUCUUCCGAUCGUGCUCUGUGACGAACCGGGCGUGACCGUCGUCGAUCCCAUAGUCAUACCUCUACUCGUGAACGACGAUCUCGUCGAAUCAAAGGACGUCGGCGCCGAAUCGAACUAUACGCUCGAUUCAUCAUCAUCGGUCUCCCCGAUCCUGCUUCAGCAACCUCACCUUCUCUCCCUUCGACCAAAUUUACGGCGAUCGCAUUCCGCCCCAUCGUCCAUCUCGUCGCUCUCGUCAUCGUCGCCAGGAUCGGUGACUCUCUCGGGCGAUUCAUCCAUGUUCAUGUUCGGCCCUACCGCGAGCGCUGGUGCGAAUGGCGUCGUCGAACUUGUGUGCGUCGAUCGGAAGGACGGCGCGACGUCACCUCCUAUCGCUUGUGAGGGGUGA